AAUUUUUAGGAUGGAAUUUUAUGCAAAAAUUACUUCGAAACCACGACAAAAGACUGAAACAAUUGUCAAAAGCAGUGAUCAAACGUCGCAUGAUAAAAAAACAGGAUGUAAUAAAUUUUCACCGAGAAAUUCGCUCCGUUCAACAAAAAUAAAUAAAGAAUUGCCUGAUUAUUCAUAUCUUAAUAUGUUCGGAAGUGUGAACUUGCCUUAAGAUUGAUUUUCCAAUAAGCUGUAAAUAACUAAUUUCCCAAUAAACUUCAAAUAAUUAAUUUUUCUGAGCUGUAACAAUUGCAC